CACACACACACACACACACACACAGAGGAGGCAGUGUGUUCAGAGCAGCGGAGACUCCCAGGUGCCAAACACACAGUGACGCACACCAACACAGAGACACACUUUCCUCCGCUCAGCCUGAAGGACGAACUGAGCGAACAGGAGCCGAAAACCGCUGGAGGAUUUGGAAAUAUCGAAACAGGGAAGUUGGAUCUGAGCGCGUCGCUGUCAGCGGAGGAACAGUCCGGUCAUCAGCAUGUUCAGCUGGGUGAAACAGGAGCAAGGUGGACGCAACAAGGAAGGAGAGAUGUACCAGACGGUGACGGAGGGGCUGCAGACCCUUUACACCAAGAAGCUGCUGCCGCUGGAGGAGACCUACCUCUUCCAUGACUUCCACUCUCCGGCCCUGGAGGCCGCCGACUUCCAGAGCAAGCCCAUGGUGCUGCUGGUCGGCCAGUACUCCACCGGGAAAACCACCUUCAUCAGGUAUCUGUUGGAGCAUGAUUUUCCGGGGAUGCGGAUCGGUCCGGAGCCGACCACAGACGGCUUCAUCGCGGUGAUGUACGGCGAGAACGAGGGCGUCGUCCCUGGCAACGCCCUGGUGGUCGACCCCAAGAAGCCCUUCAGGAAGCUGAAUGCGUUCGGAAACUCCUUCCUCAACAGGUUUAUCUGCUCUCAGAUGCCCAAUCAGGUUCUUCAGAGCAUCAGCAUCAUCGACACUCCCGGCAUCCUCUCCGGAGAGAAACAACGAAUCAGCAGAGGUUAUGACUUUGCGGAGGUCCUGCGGUGGUUCGGCGAGCGGGUCGAUCGCAUCAUUCUGCUGUUCGAUGCUCACAAACUGGACAUUUCUGACGAAUUCUCUGAGGCCAUCAGAGCCUUCAAAGGUCAAGACGACAAGAUCCGAGUCGUCCUCAACAAGGCUGACCAGGUGGACACGCAGCAGCUGAUGCGGGUGUACGGCGCCCUCAUGUGGUCACUGGGGAAGGUGAUCAACACUCCAGAGGUGGUGAGAGUUUACCUGGGCUCCUUCUGGGCCAAACCGCUGCAGAACACUGAGAACAGGCGUCUGUUUGAGGCGGAGUCUCAGGAUCUGUUCAGGGACAUUCAGAGUCUUCCGAGGAACGCGGCGCUCCGUAAACUGAACGACCUCAUCAAGAGGGCGAGGCUGGCCAAGGUGCACGCUUACAUCAUCAGCUACCUGAAGAAGGAGAUGCCGUCUCUGUUCGGGCGGGAGAAGAAGAAGGAGGAGCUGAUCAUGAGGCUGCCGGAGAUCUACACCAUCCUGCAGAGAGAGCAUCACAUCAGCCCCGGAGACUUCCCCAACGUUGCCAAGAUGCAGGACAUGCUGCAGCACUACGACUUCAGUAAGUUCCCGUCUCUGAAGAUGAAGCUGAUCGAGUCGGUGGAUAAGAUGUUGGCCACUAAGAUCGCCGUGCUGAUGGCCAUGAUCCGGGAGGAGGAGUCCAAGCAGCCGCCGGCCAUGGUGUCGGGCGGCGCCUUCGAGGGUUCCCAGGACGGGCCCUUCGGUCAGGGCUACGGCGAGGGCAUCAGCGCCGGGGCCGACGCCGAGGACUGGAUCGUCAGCCGGGACAAGCACCGCUACGACGAGAUCUUCUACACGCUGAUGCCCGUCAACGGCAAGAUCACCGGCGUCAACGCCAAGAAGGAGAUGAUGAACUCGCGGCUGCCCAACACCGUGCUGGGGAAGAUCUGGAAGCUGGCCGACUGCGACAAGGACGGCAUGCUGGACGACGAGGAGUUCGCCCUCGCUCAGCACCUCAUCAAGAUCAAACUGGAGGGCUACGAGCUGCCCACCGAGCUGCCCGACCACCUGGUGCCUCCGAUUCACCGCAAAAACCCCACCGCGGACGCCCUGUACAACCACAGCGAGGACUAGAGCCGACGGUGCGCCGAGACUGACGCCAAAGAGACCGACUGAGCAGAGGAGAUAUCAUCAACGUGUCUGCUGCUGAUGUUCAGACUGACAGAGAAACACAUCAGCAAACCGCCUGCUCCAGGAGGUCAAGGGUCAAAAAUAUAACUGUCCAGCAAACACACAAGCAAAGUGACUGAGGAAAUAUUACACUUUUAUUUGAUAAGGUUUUAUGUAAAGUGCAUUUCAGCUGAUUUCAAGACACCAAAAGAUGACUUCCUGCAUAAUGUAGCCUCGUAUUUUACUAAUUCUGGUUUAAUUUGGACUUUUAAUCAUGAAAGAAGAAAGUAUCCUGAUAUUAACCAACUUCCUGCCUUCAUUUUCCUUUAUUUUCUGCCUCCUAUAUGUUUAAAAGCCACAGUGAUGUGAUGAGCCACUUUGAAAUAUUUCACUCCCCCUCCUUCCUCCUGGUUGUCGAUCCUCAUCAUCAUCACUGUAAAAUAUUUAAUAAGAAGAAGAACUUUAUUUCUGUAGCUGAACGAAUGCUCAAGUGCUUAAAACCAAAGAACAGUUACAAUAAAAUAAGAGAUAAAAAAAAAUAACACUUCCUGUCUUGAAGUCUCCACACAGACCAGACCUCUCUGUGAUAAACACAGAAAAUCAGCUCUCAAGUCUUUUCAUGCAGUUUACAGUUUCAAACCUUCAGAUUUCAGUCCUGGUUGCUAUAGCGACACCUGUGGUCACUGCUGGUAACUGCAGAUGUGUUUUUAUAGGCUGACUCCGUUUAUUUAGUCUGUUCAAUCCUCUUCUUCUGACCCACAGAGACGUCUUCACCUCGGUGACUCUAAAUAAAUAAAUCCACUCUGUGUUUCAGCAGCAGGUUAAUGACACACCUGUUCUCAUGAUCAAUUACUCUGACUUUAAUUAAUCGUCUAGUUGAUAAAAUGUUUAAAAAAAAGAUGCGAAAAAAUGGAAUUUACAGUUUCUUAGAGGCCACAGUUUCAUCUGAACAACAGUUCAAAACAUUAAGAUUUUCAAUUUAAGGCUGCAAUUAACUUAAUCUGUCAAUUAUGUCCUCGAUUAAUUGGUUAGUUGUUUGUUCUAUAAAAUGUCAAA